AUGAACUAUGUCCGGAAUACUAUAUCUAGGACAUGGAACUCGAUUAAUCCCGCUACACUGAGCGGGGCUAUUGAUGUUAUUGUCAUAGAGCAAGCUGAUGGUACCCUCGCAUGUUCUCCCUUUCACGUUCGCUUCGGGAAGUUCUCUCUCCUGCGUCCUUUCGAGAAAAAGAUAGAAUUUAAGGUCAAUGGAAUUAAACAAGAUUAUGCGAUGAAGCUGGGCGAAGGAGGAGAGGCUUUCUUCGUGUUUGAAACAACCGACGAAAUCCCAGCCUCACUACAAACCUCCCCGCUUGUGUCUCCCGCAAGCAGCCCGACGGUCCCAAUUGGAGAUUCUGUGCUUCCAGAACCAGAGUUCCUCGAUCUUGAAAAGCCAACUAGAGAUGCUGUAUCGGAGGGUGCAAAGACCCCAACUGAUAUCCCUCCCUUGCAACCGAUGCGUGCGGCAACGGAUUUAGGCACAUUAACUCCAUUGUCACAAUCACCAGAGUCGGACCUUAGCGCUUCUCAGCCUCUGUCUGUUGACUCAAAAUUUCCACUCGAUCAUUCAGUACCGGAUGAUGUGCUUGCGACCAGUAUACUGAGGUCUGCUUCGGAGGAGCCGUCUGCUCUGGGUCGAUCAAAAACAGUAAAUGAAAAUGACAUUGAGCAAGGCCGCUCUCGAAGUCCUCCGGCAGUGUCUUCCAAGGAAGCUAUGUCUCGUGCUAUCAACUUGUCCAAGAAGCUGUCUAUAUCUAAUAUUCAAUCACACGUCACCGAAACUGGAGAUCUCAUGUUGGACAUGACAGGCUAUAAAAGCAACGACGAAGAUGCUCUCCGCACCGAAGUCCUUGCUCGCAAGAUUCUCGCCGAGGAGCUUGAAGGGAGCUACGAUCUUGGCGCUCUGAUUGGUGCUGAUGAGCACGGCAACCUAUGGAUCUAUGGCAGUGAAGAGGCAAAAGAUGCUGCUGAUCGGCGAACAACUCUCAACUUGAUGCGGCCCAACUCGGUAGAUGCAAUCUCAGAUCCAGGAUAUCACAGCGACGGUCCACUGGAACCAUCAUUGGUGACACGCCACCAUCGGACUAAAUCAGAUGUUCAACCUGGAUUUCCAACCCCACCUGAGUCCCCAAUGCAAGAUUCAUAUGCUGUUGAGACACGAAACUACGCCAAAACAUUGCGAUUGACCAGCGAUCAACUCAAAUCUUUGCAGCUAAAACCAGGCCCCAACACCAUGUCCUUCAGUGUUAACAAGGCUACCUGCUCGGCUUACAUGUAUCUCCUGAACGGGAAUACGCCAAUGGUUAUCUCGGAUAUCGAUGGGACUAUCACCAAGUCGGAUGCGCUGGGACACGUUCUGAACAUGAUUGGACGUGACUGGACUCACGCAGGAGUGGCCAAGCUAUACACCGACAUUGUUAACAAUGGCUACAAUAUCAUGUAUCUUACAAGUCGGUCCGUUGGUCUGGCGGAUACCACUCGGGCUUAUCUUCAUGGCGUGAAUCAGGACGGCUAUAAGCUACCAAUGGGCCCUGUCAUAUGCAGUCCAGAUCGCACGAUGGCAGCGCUUCGACGAGAGAUUUAUCUCAGAAAGCCGGAAGUCUUCAAAAUGGCAUGCCUUCGAGAUAUUCUCAACCUGUUUUCUGGAAAGGCGGAUCCCUUCUACGCUGGCUUUGGAAACCGAUUGACUGACGCCUUGAGCUAUCGAUCUGUUAAUAUCCCGUCGAGGCGAAUAUUCACAAUCAACUCCAAUGCUGAGGUUUCUCUGGAUCUACUCAGUCUCAACACAUACAAAAGCAGCUAUGUCACGAUGCAAGAAUUGCUCGAUCAUUUCUUCCCCCCUGUUAGUCUUCUCGUCCAGUCGGGAGGUGAAGAAUAUACCGACUUCGCGUACUGGCGAGACACCCCACAGGAUCUCGAAGAUUUUUCAACCACGGACAGUGAAGACGAAGGCGAGAACGAAGACGAGGAUGAGGGACUCGAAAAUGAAGAAGACGCAGACGAGGAAGAUUACGAUGAUGAGCUAAGCGAAGGUGAAGAGAGUGAAUAUCCGGAGGAUGAUGAAGGAACGGAUCUCGGUGCCAGCUACAUCUCGCAGGCUUCGGUUGACCCCGCAGGAUCGGUUGUGGAGUCUGUGGAGGGAGUCUUCGAUACGGCAAAUAUGGGUGACGAUGGAGUUGAACCAUUCCCGACACUUCCUCUUGAAGGCAUUAUUAGCAAGAAGGUCGAUUACGGCAGCAUGCACGAGAUUUUCGUGAGCUUGCUUGAGCCAAUAGACCUUGUCAUGAAUGAGGCCGCAAACACUUUCGGGAAUGAGCGAGGACUCUCCCCCUUCCAGCGCCUUACUUCCCUCGAGAAGGAAAUGUUCUCUAUGAAAGACGAGAUGGCCUCUAUGAAAGAAAGCGAUCUAGACGUAGAUGAGUUCAAACAACAGCCCGUUGGAAACUUCCGCAUGUUUGAGCAAGAGUUUGAGAAGUACUAUGGAGUUUCUCGGUAUAUCGCUCAGAGCAUGUUAAACCAGGGAAAGAUGUCGAAGACUGCCAUAAAGGCUUUUAAUGAGCGGGCGCAUAUUAUUGGCCUAAUAGAUCGAUACACAAAUGUGUCAGAGGAGAAGAAGCUCCAGGCCUUGUCAGUCUUCGAUGAGUGGAUCAAAAAAUGGGUCUGCCACCACACCGAGAUGACUGGAACUGAGAAGGCAGAUGUGCAGCAGUUGCUGCGAUGGUAG